UGCAAAUGCCGCAUUGCUAAGUAACUUUGAGGUGUUCCAGUUACUUACUGAUCUUAAGCAGCAGCGCAAAGAGAGUGGAAAAAACAAGCAGAGCUCUGGUCAGCAGAAUCUGAACACGAUCAUGUAUGAAACACUGAAGUACAUUUCAAAAACACCCUGUAGAUACCAGAGUCCUGAGACUGUGAGAGAUUUCCUCAUAGCAAUGAAAGGCCACAAGCUAACCAAGGCAGAAAAGCUCCAGUUGCUUAACCACAGGCCUGUGACAGCAGUUGAAAUACAGCUGAUGGUAGAAGAAAGUGAGGAAAGGCUAACAGAAGAGCAGAUUGAGUCACUUCUCCAGACAGUCACCAGUAUUCUUCCAGGGGAUCCGGAAGAACAGCAGAGAGACUCGGCAAUGGCAACCGAAGACAAAGGUGACCAAGCGUAGGAGGCAUCUAGACCAUUGUAAAAUAUGUUACAAUUUUUAUUAUGCAGAGAUGAUGGGGGAACCAAUUAUUUACGAGAAAGCACAGAAAAGGACAUUAUUGGUUUGGCAUUUUGUCAGAAACGAGGAUGGUGGUAACUGAGUUUGUAAUGUAGCAGUCUGAGAAAUUACGGGUCACAGAAUCUGAAGCUUUUGUAUUUUUUCCAUUACCCGUGUAACAGCUGUACAUUUGAAUAGGCUUAUAUACAGCUGGCAAUGUUUUAAUUAUCACAGCAGUACUAUAAUUUUAAUUGCUUUCAUAUGCUUUUGAAUUGCCCAACUGGUUUGCAGAAUACGGUCUACAAUACAAAGCCAACUUUUGGAACUGUUUGUGAAAAGGGGAUCAGAACACAGAGUAAUGGACAAGAACUGCUUGGUAUCUGGCCAGACAAUUUCAAAGAGGUUGUUGGCAUCGUGGAAGUGAGAGGAUCUGUUGGUAGGGUAACUGUUCCCCAGGAUGCCUGACCAUCCGUACGCAUAAAAGAGAGACCCAGAUCAUCAGCUAAAUCAACAUAUUGCCACUGAAAUCAGCUGAGUUGGACCAGUUUACAGCAGUUGAGGCUCCGGACUCAAAUGUUAAGACUCUUAGUAAUACAAACAAAAGAACAUUUAGGCGUGAGGUGUAUAUUUUCCCGUUGAA